AUGGCACCUGCCAUUGAAAACCCCUAUGAAGAGAGGCAAGCUCUCCUGCUGGAGCGUAUUAUAAAAAACGUGGAUAUGCUCAACGAGGCCCUCAUGGAAAUGAAUCGAUCUAUUGCGAAUAUCAACAACCACAACCAGGAGAUCACGAUCGUAGCGGAGAUGUGGAAUGGGUACCACCGUAACGUGGAAUUCAACUUGCAAAACAUUCAAUCGACAGAUGCAAACACGCACCCCAACAAGUCAGCAUCGGCCUAA